AUGUUCUCCGACAUUCUGGUGUUCGUCAUUGUAUUCAGUGUGUUCUUGGGAGGAUUCGCUUUUGCUUUCUUUAUUCUUCAGCUUGAAGGAUGCAAAAGCUACUUUUCCGCCCUCACUACGACCUUCAAUAUCAGUUUAGGGUCAUGGGAUUGGGACAGCAUAUAUGAGGGUGGACUGCUGGCUAUACUGCUCUUCCUCUCUUUCGUGGUCAUCGGCACGAUCAUGCUCCUGAAUCUUUUAAUUGCUAUGAUGGGAAAUACGUACGACAAGAUCUGGGGAGAUCGCUUGCUCUUCUUUGAACUCGAACGGGCCAAAGCUACCCUCUCCAUUCAAAUGUCACUCGACGACGAAGUUUACGACGAAAAGCAUUGGUGCCCGCGGCUGUACGUACUUGAAGGAGACACCCCCAUCGAAGGCAUCCAAUUCCACCGCCUGUGA